CGUGCCGCGCCGGCGGCGGGAGGAUGCGUCAGGAUGAAACGCCACAGGCAUCUAAGCACCAGUGACAGUUCAGACAAUGAGAGUCCUUCCACUUCCUUUUCUUCUUGUGCUAAAUACAGGAGCAAAUCAAAAACACCAGCAAAUGAACAAAAGAAACCUGCUGAGGUGUUCCGCAAGGAUCUCAUCAGUGCCAUGAAACUACCAGAUUCUCACCAUGUCAACCCUGAAGAAUAUUAUGUCUUUGCGGACACGUGGAAACAAGAAUGGGAGAAAGGAGUUCAAGUUCCAGCCAGUCCAGAAACUAUCCCACAGCCUUCUCUCAGGGUUGUAGCAGAAAAGGUGAAAGAAGUACUGUAUACACGACCCAGGAAAUACAUCCACUGUUCUAGCCAAGAGCCCACAGAACCAGGUUACAUUAACAUUUUGGAACUGGCAGAAUCUGUGUGUCGCUAUGACUUGGAUGACAUGGACAUCUUUUGGCUUCAGGAGCUAAAUGAAGAGCUUACAGAAAUGGGAUGUGGGCCCCUAGAUGAAAACACAAUGGAAAAGACAAUUGAAGUGCUGGAGCGGCAUUGCCAUGAGAACAUGAAUCAUGCUAUUGAGACUGAGGAAGGAUUGGGUAUUGAAUAUGAUGAAGAUGUCAUCUGUGAUGUGUGCCGAUCCCCUGACAGUGAAGAUGGGAAUGACAUGGUGUUCUGUGACAAGUGUAACAUCUGUGUCCAUCAGGCAUGCUAUGGAAUCUUGAAAGUACCUGAAGGGAGCUGGCUGUGUCGCACCUGUGUUCUGGGAAUACAUCCUCAGUGCCUCCUGUGUCCCAAAAGAGGAGGUGCCAUGAAAGCUACAAGGACAGGGACCAAGUGGGCACAUGUGAGCUGUGCUCUCUGGAUUCCAGAGGUUAGUAUUGCUUGCCCAGAAAGGAUGGAGCCAAUCACAAAGGUGUCUCACAUUCCACCAAGUCGAUGGGCUCUAGUGUGUAGUUUAUGCAAACUGAAAACUGGUGCUUGCAUUCAGUGCUCCGUGAAAAGCUGCAUCACUGCCUUUCACGUCACCUGUGCCUUUGAGCAUAGCUUAGAGAUGAAGACUAUCCUGGAUGAUGGGGAUGAGGUCAAGUUCAAGUCAUAUUGUCUAAAGCACAGCAAGAACAAACAGAAUUCACUGCCUGAUGUUGAUGAACACCCCAAAAGCGUGUCAGACCAGAAGCAAACAGAAAGCGAAAAAACCAGUUUGCGAGCCCAGAAACUCCGAGAACUAGAGGAAGAAUUUUACUCUCUAGUUAAAGUGGAGGAUGUUGCAGCAGAACUGGGCCUCCCUAAACUUGCUGUAGACUUCAUCUACAAUUACUGGAAACUAAAGAGGAAAAGUAACUUUAACAAACCAUUGUUUCCUCCCAAGGAGGAUGAAGAAAAUGGCUUGGUGCAGCCAAAAGAAGAUAGCAUUCAUACACGCAUGAGAAUGUUCAUGCAUUUGAGGCAGGACCUAGAGAGGGUAAGAAAUCUCUGCUACAUGGUAAGCAGGAGAGAGAAACUGAAGUUGUCUCACAGUAAAGUACAUGAACAGGUCUUCAAUUUGCAAGUCCAGCUCAUUAAUCAGGAAAUUGCUGCAGGCCACACGCUGACAAGUGCACUAGAGAACACACUGUUCUACCCACCUCCCAGGAUCACCCUGAAGUUAAAAAUGCCCAAAUCAGCACUAGGAGAUUGCAAAAAUAAUUCUCUGAAGCCUGGCAACAGACCGCUUUCUCCUGACAAUAACAGCACUGUUUACAGCAAACGCAGUGUGCCGAUGUCAAAGGAAUCGUUUGAAAUUAAAGCAAAAUCUUACUCCAGGUAUCAGCACGACAGCAGAAGUAACGGGUUGCUGGCAGGGAUUGGGAAGCCUCGGGGAGAGGUGAAGAAUUCUGGCCCCACUCAGAUGCCGGAGUUUUACCGGGGCCAGUCGUCUGGGAAGCCCUUAGCACUCCAGGCUGCUUUGCACGGACAGUCUUCCAUUGGGAAUGGGCGGGUGCAGCAGGAGAACUCGAGGCUGGCAGCCAAGUCCAAUGGUCUGAUGGGCAGGGCUGGAGACGUGAGCCAGAGAGACAGCUCCAGCCAGACACCCUACGAACAAGAGUCUGUGCUCACGGCUCACUUGGCCAGCCAGAGCGGUUUCAGAAAAUCCACCAUAGAACAUUUCAGCCGGUCUUUUAAAGAGGCUACUAACAGUCUAGUGAGGACCACGGAAGAUCUGCGGUGCUGUGAAAAGCCCACGAGAAGACUUGCAACAAAAGAUCGCUUGUGGAGCAAGCAGACGCUUGAAGGUGCUCCAUACCAGGACAACGAUGGGUACUGUCCUGACUUAGAGCUUAGUGACUCUGAGGCAGAAAGCGAUGAAAACAAAGAGCAAGUGAGGUUAAGGCGAAGUAGCUCAGAGAGAGAAAGCCCAACUAAGGACUUUGGAAGAGAUUGUCACACUAGAAACAAAAAGAAUAUGAUUUCUCACAGUUCGGUACAAAGGUGAUUAGCAGCCCCCACGGGGUAACUAAGCCUUUUAUAUAUUCCGAUGUACCAGUGCAAAGCUCAGCAUCAACAGGUUCCAGAAAACAGCCCAGGACCUACAUUAGGAAGAGUUGCAGAAGGGGAUGUGGGGAGAGGAGAGAAAUCCAGAGUAGGUUUGCUCAACUGUGAAUUGGCUUGCAGUCUUCUCAAGGUUAACAGCAUUGUUGCAAAGUCAUGUGGAAAUCAAUGUCUUUUAUUUAGAAGGUAACAUCUGGGAGAGCACAAAGCAGUUAAUCUUUGCAUAAAUUCAGGAUGCUGCUUCCCCCUCUGUUUACGUGCACGGCAGCGUGUUCACACUGUGUCAGUCUUGGGGGUGGUUGAGAGGUAUGAAAGUCCUUGCAUUGCUCUAACAUGGUGCAAGAGGCUGCAAAGGGAGACACUGUAACUGCAUUCUGACAGCACCUGCAGUGUGGCUUUGAUCCAGCAAUGCACUUGGGGAUGUGUUAGGAAGUUAAGCAUGUGAAAAGUCCUGCUGCUUUCCUCCCCCCCCCCCCCCCCCCCCCGCCUUUCCUCCGGGAACAUUUGUGCUCAGAUCUCCCAAGCACAUGCCGGUGUGCUCUGCUGGACCAGGCCCAAAGUGACUACUGAGUGAUGAUCCUCUUCUGCAGGAGGCUUUGAACCACAGUGGUGUUUGCAGGCUCCUUGUGGAGGGUGGAAGCAGACGUCAUUGGCGCUGCCAAAAUUGCUGACCUCUAGACAUGCCCCCGUUCCCUGCUUUUGCUGAAGGUUGUGUUUCUCUUCACAAUAAUUUGCUUAUUUUGUAAAUAUGCAACUUCUAGUACUUCAGUUUUUUUAAACUCUGUACAUAGUUGCUUGUUGUGGGAUGCACUUGUAAAUAUUUUACCCAGCUAACAAGUACAGAUGGCUAAUUUUGUGGAUAGUGUUUACAAAAGUAGAUGUACUACUUCAAAGAAAAAUGCUAUUUGACACUUAAAUUUAGGCAAUCACCGGUGAUGCCAGGUUCCUCUUGAAAUGGAGAUUUCACGCCCAGAGAUGUUUAUACCUGGUAUUUUUAGCAUGAGCUGAAUUAGAAAUAAUUCCAUCUGAACAUUUUAUGCAGGCAGAAAUUUUCAACCCUAGUUGCCUGAAUAUGAAUGCAGGAGCCUUACUUCAGACACCUAGGUCUGUAAAAUUUCAGCCAGUCAGUAUUUGGAAUACGGUUUGUUGGUUCUUUUUUAAUUGCUGAAAAAUUACUAUUUUAUUAAGCUGCUUUUCAAUCUCUGGAUCAUUUGCCAUUUCCCAAACUAAAACUUUUGUGUAUGUCCUUAAAAAUUAUCUGUUAUUACGUAGUGAUUACAUUUCAGCUAGUACUAAGGAAGUGAGAACAGGGAAUCCUUUUUGGUUUGUUUCAGUGAUAGGAUUUUCGUUUGAAUGCAAACAGACGUCUUGUUUUCCAGGUGGUGUUGUGUUGGAUCAGCAAAGUCACUGCCCUGUUUUUCUCUGGAAUGCUGUACAUUUCAUAAAUACACUACACCCUCUGUCUGCACACCAGUCAGUGGCUGAAAUAGGCUUCAGGUUGUAUUGGACACAUCACAGGGCUUCUUUCUGCUGAGGGUUUACAUUAUCCUGAAACAAGAGGUGUUCCCCACCCAGUGUGAAGAUGAUUAUGCAAAUCCAAACAACAACCUGUUAUCUUCUUAAUUUAUUGCUUUUGGCUUGGGAAAUGGCAAUGACAUUUUUAGAUCUGUUUUAAACUUGGAAAUCUCCAUAUUCACAACAGGACUAGCAGGUCAGGGGCUGGAGGACUUUACAGCAGUGAAAUAAAAAGAAUUCUUGGCAAUUCUGCUCUGUUUUUUCUUCAUGCAUCUUAAUUUUCUUUUUUUCACUUCUUGAUUUUCUGUAUAUUUGUGUAAUUGAUCUUUCUAGAGCUGUAUCUUCAAAAUUAUUUCUUUUGUUGUAAAUAUGCUGUAGCAUUUUAGGUUUCCACGUUUUAUUUUAAUGGGAAAUGCUUUGUGUUCCAAGCCAUGGGCCAUUCAGAAUAAGUAAACAAAUGUCCUUUCAUUUGUAUUCCAGUUCUGAUUCUCUUAGUUCUCUUUCGAUAUUUAUUGGUGAUCCUCUCUUGCUGGUCAUGAAAUUUUAUGAGGCUUGUAUUGGGAACAGUUAUCUGGGAGGUCAGCAGAGCAUUCUCGUUCCUUUGUGGCCAAAAGCCUGUGACAGAAGGGAGGAAAAUGGUGCUUCAGCAAAACUCAGCAUUUCUGCUCUUCUGGGGUUAUUCAGUUGUUUGCAGUCUGAGCAAUGGUUUUGCUAAUUUUUACAUUAUUUUAAUAGAUAUAUGAAGGAGCCCUUGGUUAUGUAGUUCUCAAGUAUUGUCCCCAAAGUGCAUUUGCUAGUUUUUAUUGUGUGUUCGGUGGCUAACUGUUUGAAGUAUUACCUCUUAACCUUAUUUGUCUUUUUUUUUUUUUUUGGUGUUUUUGCAUUUUGUUUUAUAUAUAUAAAUAUAUAUAUAUAUACAAUUUUCCAAGAUGGACUCGGUCUUUUUCAGAUGUCCCCUUUUUACAAGUACUUUUUCAUUAAAUUAUGAAACUGCUAAC